AUGUCAACCCAUCAUCAAGACAACACUACCACUGAGAUCUCAUCUCUAGAGAUCACUCCUGCCCGACCUCGACAGGAAGGGAAGCUGGCUCUUCUCCCCAGCGAGAUCCUUCUGAAGAUUCUAAAUGACACAGAGAUUACACAGAAGCCUGUGGAGCAAAACCCACGUCUUUUGCACCCGCUCAAGAACCCAGGGACGAUUGAUGUGUGUACAAACGUCCUCUCAGCCCCAGACGUCAAGAAUCUUGCAUUAGCUUCUUCAAGUUUGUUUUAUCGUCUCAGCCCUUCAUUCUACCUUGCAGGUAACUGCUACGCCUUUCGAUCCGCCGUCAAGCACGCUGAUGUUGACGCAAUGAAACGGUGUGCUGAGUUCGGUGCUGCGCCGGACAUGCACUGGGAGCUGGAAGGUGAGUGCGAAUGCAGAGGCGAGCAAGUCCAUCUAUCUCACAGACCUAUCGAUGUUCUAUUAGAGCAAGUCAAGAGUUGCUCAAUUCCUAUCAGCAAGUCUAUCGAGGCUUUGCAUUGGCUGCUGGACAACGGGUACGAUGUCUAUGAACAACCGGUGUCACUCUCAUACGAGAGAUGGCCAUCAAUUGAUGUGAGCCAAGAACAACUUGAGGAUGCGCGCGUUAAAUUGAAGACGGUAAGCAUGCCGGAGAUUCUGAUGUCUGCACUCUCCGUGAGUGCUGGCGACAGAGAUCGCACUGCAGGAAUCUGUCAGAUGAUUGACAUGCUCCUUGGUCAUGGAUGUUUGAUUCCUUACAACUUCAACCAACGCGCACACAGCUAUCAUUCAAAUCCAAGUCAUGUGUUCACUCCAAUGGAAGUGGCCAUGAUGUCUCACUGUCCGCCUCAUUUCCUCGAAGUAUUGCUCGAGCUUUACAAACGCCACGACGCCCACGGCCAAAGAACAGCGGAUACAUGCCCCGAAAGCAUGUCGCGCUGGGUCGGCUGGAAUCCGUUUGAACAGGACGUUGGGCUGCGUAUGCGUCAAGAAUGGAUGCACGGGUCUGACUUGGGUAAGUUGGCUCGGAACCUUUUUCUUGACCUGCUGGACCCGGCAAGGGACUGGAAAGAGGAAUACUAUGGCGAAACAGCCGAUAUCUUUACAGAAAAGAUCAAUCUGAUGGAAAAGUACGAUUUCAUCGACAGCAGUGAGAUAGUAGCGUUGCGAUGUAUCCUCAGAUCUCUGCUACGCAUCACCAGCAUGGCAGUGUUUGCCGAAGGCUUGGACAUGUUUGCCGGAGGCUUGGACAAGGCUCGUCACGGAAAGCAUUGUUUCGAGAUCAUGAUCUCUGAAUCUCUGAUACUCAUUGCGCCUACACUUUUGGGACCGUAUUUGUCAAGGUGGUUCGACGAAGGUCCGCACCGAGUCCACCGUUUUGAGUUUGACAGGCGUUGGAAUCCUUGGGCUGAUUACUACUUGAUGCAGCUACAAGACAAGGAUAUCUCGGAUGAGCAUUCCCACGCGCCGUGGAUCAGGAAGGGGGAUUUGACCAGGGAGGCAGAUGGAACAGUGAGGGACCGUAAAUUCGGACCCCUUGUAAGUCUGAUUCCCCGCCCUCGUCCACGAACGGAACUUCGGUGGACUAGGUAUGACUACGAUGAGUUUAUCGAGAUGGUUUCAGAAGCGUUCGACAUGUAUGAGAAAGAACGUCAUAAGUGGGAAGCACGGAAACUUCUGCAACUAGAGAGACGUCAAAUGCAGGCGUUUAGUCAACUUCGAACGCUGCUUGUUGAACCUGGCGAGGACGAGGAGGAGGAGGAGGAAGAAGAGGAGGUGGUGGUGGUGGAGGAGGGUGACGAAGAGGGGUAUGGGGAGGAAGGACGUUUCCCCUACAAACCUGCCAUCUACGAGCGUUUCAUCUACGCACACAUUGAGUUCUACCACUAG